CCCAGCGUGGAACGAGAGACCCGGCGCGCGGACGGAGCGGGGCUCGAGCGCCGAUCGCGGGAGCAGAGCGGAUUCAGCGCGGCUUUUUCGCAGCUCGUCGCUCACCGUGGUCGCGUGAGCGGGGACUCCACCGUUUCCAUGGAAACCAGGCGUACAGUGCAGAGUGGGCAAUUAUCUAUAACUGUUAUGAUCUAACGUUCAUUUUUCCGGCACCUUUUGCUUUGCUUUGUCCAAAAGCGACUUGCAGUGCUAGAUAUGCAACUUUACUUUAAGCAGCAGGGUAUUACCUGUACUAAUUCACGACACAAACCAUGAACUACGUGGGUCAGCUGGCAGGCCAGAUGUUUGUGCAGGUGAAGGAGCUGUACCGCGGCCUGAAUCCUACCACACUCUCGGGCUGCAUCGAUGUCAUCGUGGUGCGCCAGCCAGAUGGGACCCUCCAGUGCUCCCCGUUCCAUGUCCGCUUUGGGAAGAUGGGCGUUCUAAGGUCCCGUGAGAAAGUGGUGGACAUUGAGAUCAAUGGAGAGCCUGUCAAUCUGCACAUGAAGCUGGGUGAGAAUGGAGAGGCUUUCUUCGUGAAGGAGACAGAGGAGGGCCAGGAAGUGAUACCUUCAUACCUGACCACCUCCCCAAUCUUAACUGAGGGUGCGACCCUCAUGGAGGCUCAGCUGAGCAAAGGCCCGGCCCACCUCCCUGAAUGUGGGUCCGGACCCUCCGUCCUAGCCCUGUGUGCUCCGCAGAUUGUCGGGGACAACGGGAUCCUGAAGAAGAGGCGGAAGAGACGAAAGAGGAAUAAGGCAGACAGUCUAAAGAAGGAGGAUAGUGGGGACGAAUCUGAGGAUGAGGACAUGUUUACCAUCGAUAUGAGCUCUGAUGAAGAUAAGGAGUUGGACAGCAGCUGGCCCUCACCAUGUGAUAUCUACUUGGAACAAGGAUCCAUGGGAAAUACUUUUACACAAAAUACGGCUUGUCAACUUUCCGAAGGGGGCCAGUUUAGUCUGCCGAGCAUGAUGAUUGAGCAUGAAAGUCUGACCUGCUCUCUGACAGUUCCAGCCCGUGGGGGUCUGUCUCACUCCUGCCCCCAGCAGUCUUCCCCCUUCGAGCCUCGACAUAGCCCCAAGAAUUCUCGAUCCGAGACCCCAAACAGUGAUUCGGAGCUCGUGACAAAACCAUCAAAAAAAGACAAGCAGGACAACCCCGAGAUGUUGUGGACGUGGGGAGAGCUGCCCCAUGCUGCCAAGCUGUCCUUCAUCCCGACAGAGGUGGAGGUUCUGAUAUCGGCCCCUAUGGCCCUGUUAGCAACAGAAAGCAAUCAAUGUGGAUCUAUCAUGGGGGAACAGGCACCAGUGGAGUCUUUGUUGCUCAUCCCAGCUGGGCCUGAGUUGCAAGAGGGUGCCACUGUCCCCACCGUGGAGCCAGAGGUAGAAGGAAGGGGCACAGUGGCCUCCCUCGUUUCUGACGAUGGGGACAGCCCAGGUUCCCUCCCAGUCAACAAGACCGACUCACCAUCCAAAAGGAAAGAGAAAAGGAGUCGCCAUCUAGGAGCAGAUGGGGUGUAUCUUGAUGACAUCACAGGACUGGAGCCUGAAGUUGCUGCUCUCUACUUUCCUAAAAGGGAUGGUGCUGGCAGGAGCAGGACAGAGAAUGCGGUCAGGAGUGUCAGCCCAUCACCUCAGUCCAUUGGCAGUUCAGGCAUGGACAGUGGCAUCGAUAGCUUCUCUGAACACUUAGGAGAUCUGCCCUCUAUCGCCAUCUCUCUAUGUGGAGGACUAACUGACAACAAGGAAAUUACUAAAGAAAAAUUUCAAGAAAAGGCAGUAUCCUAUCAGCAGUUUUCUGAAAACCCGACAAUCAUUGAUGAUCCAAAUCUAGUGGUGAAGAUUGGAACUAAGUACUACAACUGGAUCACUGCAGCUCCUCUGAUGCUGGCUAUGCAGGCGUUUCAGAAGCCUUUACCAAAGGGUACGGUGGAGAGCAUCAUCAAGGAGAAGAUGCCGAAGAAGGGAGGGCGAUGGUGGUUCUCGUGGCGCGGGAGGAGUGGUGCAUCAAAACCGGAAUCUUCCUUACAACAGGGAGUCGCUGAGAACAGAGAGCAACCGGGAAAGACUGUCACUGUAACCAGACGAAAAGAUGAGUCAUCCUCCAGUGACGACGAGCAUCCAGUAACCCGGCAGAGCACAGGUCCCGCCCAACCCGAGGUGAUGAACUCCAGUGGAACCGUUUCCUACCAAAAGACCCUUCGCUUGACUUCUGAGCAACUGAGGAAUCUGCAGCUGAAAGAUGGCCCCAAUGACGUGGUCUUCAGUGUCACCACCCAGUACCAGGGCACCUGCCGCUGUGAAGGCACCAUCUAUCUGUGGAACUGGGAUGACAAAAUUGUCAUUUCUGACAUCGACGGUACCAUCACCAGAUCAGACACCCUUGGGCACAUCCUCCCAACCCUGGGCAAAGACUGGACCCACCAGGGAAUCGCUCGCCUCUACCACCUUGUGAGCCAAAAUGGCUAUAAAUUUGUGUACUGCUCUGCACGAGCCAUCGGAAUGGCAGAUAUGACCCGCGGAUAUCUGCACUGGGUGACCGAGAGGGGCGCCAUGCUGCCCAAGGGCCCGGUCCUGCUCAGUCCAAGCAGCCUCUUCUCUGCCCUGCACAGGGAAGUUAUUGAGAAGAAACCAGAGAAAUUUAAAAUUGAAUGCCUGACGGACAUUAAGAACCUGUUCUACCCAAACACUGAACCUUUCUACGCAGCGUUUGGAAACAGAGCAACGGAUGCAUACACAUAUAAGGAAGUUGGAGUCUCUUUAAACAGAAUAUUUACAGUGAACCCUAAAGGGGAAUUGAUUCAAGAACAUGCCAAGACAAACAUAUCAUCGUAUGGACGCCUGUGUGAGAUGGUCGAUCAGGUCUUCCCCCUGAUCACCCGUGGAGAACCCUUGUACGCCUAUCAGGGUGUAUGCUGGACAGAGCGACCGCCUCGGGUGGACGCCCGCAGCGAAUGGGGGGGGUUCGGCUGAGCGCAGCAGCCCCGUGGAGGCCGAGUGCAAAACACAGACAGACGCACAGGCACGCACACGGGUGCUUUAUGCCAUGACGGCAGGCACAUUGCUCUGCUCAAGCUUGUGCUGCUCAUGCCUGAAGGCAGGGAGAGGUGCUGGAACCUGCAGAAAGACACUGGAACAGACUGAUAGACAGCUGCCUCAUCCCUCGAUGGUUCACCUAUGGCCCUGCGCAGACUCACGCAAUAAAAACAGCUCAAACGCACAGACAAACAAGUGUGCAGGAACACACCUUGUGACGUGCACGCAGCGACACUGCCCAACGGCGGGAUAAAACAGACCCGUUCGCCCAAGGAAAAAGAAAACGCAUUCGAAUGAGAUAAGCAAGCCUUUAAGAACAUCUGACAAGGUCAUUGUGUUCAUCUUAUUGUGUUUAUGUUUUCAAGAAUUUUAUUUAUUUUGUUAGUUAAAAUACAAGCCAAUGUGUAUUUUAUUUUGUGCAAAACUGAUCGUUUCCUUUUAAUGGAUAAAACAUCUGCAGUCAGACAAAAAAAUAUUUCCUUGGCUUUUUAAUGCUAAUUAAAAAUCCCUAUUCAUUUUAUCUAAUAUGCUGGGAAUGGUUGUGCCUGUUGUGCCAAACCGUUUGGGUGAGAAAUCUGCACUUUAUUUGAAUAUUCUUGUCUUUUUAAUCUUGGACAACUCUGUAGUGGAUUUAUGGUCCUUGAUUAGCAGUGAACACAAAAAAAAUAUCUGUACUAAAAAUGUAUUGUGUAUGGAGCUGUCUUUUAUCUCACCAAUCAAUGCAAUAAUUUGUUUUUUCAGCAUUUUCUUAAUGGACAGUACAUUUUCAUUUUUGACACACAUUUUACGUUGUAUGGUGGUGUGGUGUACAGUGUUGAUACCGUGGUACUCCAAGGAUGUGGGUUUGAUUCUGGCCUUGGUUCUGUCUGGAAUUUGUCUGUUUACUCAGUCAUGUGAUUCUUCUUCAGUGGAGACCGGUGACCAGAUACUGUUUUUGCAGUUUAUAAAAUUUUUUUUUUGAGAACUUGUUCAAAACGUGAAAAUGGAAAAUAUAAGCAGGUUCAUUUAGGAGCUAUCAGUAUUUUUUCCACAAGCUAUACAAUUAAUACUAUUAAACUAUUCUGUGUUAGUUUCAUAACCUGCUAAUACUUACAAUUUGUAAUAUUUAUGCACAUAUAAACACACCACUAAUGUGAAAGAAUAUUAUGAUGCUGUGAAUAACAAAGCUGUCAGUUAAAUUGUUGUAUCUUUCUCUGUGGCAGAUUGCUAGUGUGUGCAUGACCUUAUCCCCUUUUCCUUUCAUGAACACAUAUUUUGUACAUGUGCAUUUUUAUGUAUUUAUAUUGUAACAUU